CACUAGCUCACACACACACUUCUCACUAGCCAGCUAACACAAGGUCUAUAGCAAUGGCGACGGCGAGAAGCGUGCUGCUGGCCGUGCUGCUGUCCCUGGCGCUGCUGCCGGCGGCGCUGAGCCAGCAGACGGCGGCGCCCAUGGCCCCGGCCCCGUUCAAAGCGUCCACGCCGCUGAACAUAACGGCGGUGCUGGAGAAAGCCGGGCUGUACACAAAGUUCAUGCGGCUCAUGAAGUCCACCCAGCAGGACACGGCGCUCAACAGCCAGCUGAACGGCUCCAACGCCGGCUUCACGGUCUUCGCGCCCACCGACACCGCCUUCGACAGCCUGAAACCCGGCACCAUCGAAUCUCUGCCCCAGCAGAAGCAAGUCUCCCUGGUCCAAGCACACAUCAUCCCUUCCUUCUUCUCCAUGCAGUCCUUGGGUACCGCCAGCAACCCCGUGCGCACCCAGGCCUCCGGCGCCAACGGCGCCCCUUCCACGGUCAAUGUCACGACCGCCAGCAAUGGCCAGGUGAAAGUGUCCACGGGGCUCAUGAGCACCGUGGUGGGCGCGGCGUUGAGGGCUGUGAAGCCGUUGGCGGUGUAUUCGGUUGAUAAGGUGUUGUUGCAGAAUGAUCUGUUUUUGCCUGAGCCGUCGGCACCGGCGCCCGGGACGAAGGGGCCAGCGGGGGCGCUGGCUAGUGCGGCUGCUGGUGCUGUUGUUGGCGCCUCAGGGUGGAGCUUGUUGGCUGCUUGCGUCUUGUGAGAAGAAAAUGGAAGACAUCAGAGAGUAAGAGUAGCUAGCUGUUUGUUGUGUUAGAUUUAAUCUUGAGUUUGAGUUAAACUAGGUUUGUAGGCGUGCUAGGGCGAGUCAUGUCCGGAUUGUAAUCAGGUUAGUUUCCUUGUGAAGCUAACCUACGUGCUGUUAGUGUUCUUGUCAUCUUGUGUGUUUAGGAUCCUAGUCUGGUUAGCUGAGUCUGUAUCCGGAUAGGAUACUAGUCCAUGUGUGGUGAGGUGUUUGGUUCGCGCGCGUGUGUACACAUGCAGGCCAUAGCUUGUACCCAUGUCGUAAGAUUGAGAAGAGAAAUAAAGAAGCAAGGCACGACUUUUGGCCCUAAA